UCCAAAAUUAAUGACCAUGAGCUCGUUUUUGAUGAACUCUUCGCCGUACGUGGAGCCAAAAUUUCCUCCAAAUGAAGAAUAUUACCAGACAAACUACAUCUCAAGUGAUCGAGGAGACUACUACAGUCAUCCGUAUCGUUAUAGCGGCGUCAACAGUCAGCACGCGUCAGUGAGUUAUGGUCACGAGUACAGCAGUCAUAACACGGCUUACACAAAUCAUGGGAGCGUUCCCCACUACUACCCACCGCCGUGUUCUCUGCCGCAGAACUCGGUAAGCUCGCUUCACAGGCCAAAGAAUUUGAUCUCUUCAACCGGCAAUGUUCCACCUACCAUUAGUCCGAACCAGGUCUUGCAAGGCCCAGCGAGGCAGUCCCAAAGAUCGCCGGUCUCUUCGCCGUUACCGCCGCCAGCGCUGACAACCGAUACUGACCUACAAAUUCACGUAUCGCAUCAGCAAGAAAUUUCUCCCCAAGAAAAAAGUUUAGUUGAACCAAUUCCCGACUGUGCUGUGUCAACGGCAGUGCACCCCGUUAUCUACCCCUGGAUGAAAAAAGUCCACAUUAAUACAGCAGUAGCCAAUGGAAAGUUCUCUCCCGGCUUGGAAACCAAAAGGCAGAGGACAGCCUACACCAGACACCAGAUUUUGGAAUUGGAGAAAGAAUUUCAUUUCAAUCGGUAUCUUACAAGGCGGCGACGGAUAGAAAUAGCUCAUUCAUUAUGUUUGUCAGAGAGACAGAUAAAAAUCUGGUUCCAAAACCGCCGGAUGAAGUGGAAGAAGGACAACAAGCUUCCUAACACGAAGAACGUGAAGAAAAGGAACCAGAACGUAGAAUACCUGAGUACGGCGCCAAGUCACUCGCUUCCAAUAGACUCUAAACCUGGUUACGGAACGUGAAGAAAAGGAACCAGAACGUAGAAUAUCUGAGUACGGCGCCAAGUCACUCGCUUCCUAGCGCAGAUAGCCCUCAUGUAGCUUUGCGCGAAAUUAAAAAAAACACUCGCUUUCAAUAGACUGUAAACCUGGUUACGGAACGUGAAGAAAAGGAACCAGAACAUAGAAUACCUGAGUACGGCGCCAAGUCACUCAUUUCCAAUAGACUCUAAACCUGGUUACGGUUUAACUUAACUAUCGUAUUUCGUG